AUGGCGAAGGAGGAGGAGAAGGUGAAGCCUCAGGACAAAGGCAAGGGCAAGGGCAAAGCGGAUGACAAGCAGGCAAAUGGGGUCAAUGGAGCGAAAGAUGCAAGCAAGGACGGCAAGAAGGAGGGUGAGCUCGACGUGCCAGCAGAGGAGUUGAGUGAGGAGGAUCAGAAGCUCAAGGAUGAGCUGGACAUGUUGGUGGAGAGACUAUUGGAGGAUGACAAGUCACUCUACAAGGCCGCGUUGGAAGCCAUCAACACGAACAUCAAGACCAGCACAUCAUCCAUGACCGCCAUCCCUAAGCCACUCAAAUUCCUACGACCGCAUUACGAGAGGCUGCGGGAGACGUACGAUGCCUGGCCCGCGGGAGAUGACAAGAACAGCCUGGCUGACACAUUAUCCGUGCUGGGCAUGACAUACUCGGACAGCGAGGACAGGCGAGACACACUCAAGUAUCGCCUCCUUGCGCCCAGCUCGGACAUCGGCUCGUGGGGUCACGAGUACAUGCGGCAUUUGGCUCUCGAGAUCGGACAGGAGUACCAAGCCCGAUUAGAUGAUGAAAAGGACACGGAAGACAUCGCGGAGAUGACGCGGACACUCGUGCCUUUCUUCCUCAAGCACAACGCCGAGGCAGAUGCCGUGGACAUCCUGUCAGAGAUGGAGAUGAUCGAGGAGAUCAAGAAGUAUGUGGACGAGGACACCUAUCGACGAGUCUGCCUUUACAUGGUCUCCAUGGUGCCACUCCUCACAUACCCGGACAACGACCGCUUCGUGCGGACAGCACACGAUAUCUAUGUCAAACACAAGCAGCUCGCUCAAGCCAUCUCACUCGCUAUACGACUAAACGACAUGGAUCUCAUCAAAGCCGACUUCGCUGCGACCGACGACAAGGCUCUCAAGCGCCAGCUCGGUCUGAUCAUCGGUCGUCAACGCCUAGCUAUCGAUCUCGAGGGUGAGGAUGCAGAAGAUGUCGAGCUGCAGGAAUGCAUGAACAACACCAAGCUCCCCGAAUACUUCAAGACCCUCGCCAAAGAGCUGAACGUCCUUGACCCGAAAGUUCCAAAAGACAUCUACAAAUCCCACCUCGAAUCCUCACGAACGGCUGGCCUCACAAACACCGAUUCAGCACGUCACAACCUCGCCUCUGCCUUUGUCAAUGGAUUCGUCAACGCGGGUUUCGGCGAUGACAAGCUCAUGCUGGUCGAGGGCGGUGUGAAGAACAGCUGGAUUUGGAAGGUGAAAGAGGAGGGCAUGAUUUCCACCGCUGCCUCAGCAGGUCUCUUGAUGCUGUGGGAUGUGGAGAUGAACUUGGACAAGAUUGAUGCGUACACAUACGUGCCCGAGGAACAGGUCAAGGCUGGCGCGGCGCUGGCGAUGGGUAUCAUGAACAGUGGUGUAAGACUGGAGAGUGAUCCUACAAUGGCUUUGUUGGGUGACUUCGAGGACAAGUCCGUGGCUGUCAAAGUUGCAUCGAUCAUGGGUCUGGGUCUGGCGUAUGCUGGCUCGAACAAGGAGGACUUGCUUGACGUGCUUCUCCCUCUCGUCGCAGACUCCUCCCUCGACAUGCAAAUCUCAGCCAUGGCCGCCCUCUCACUCGGCUUGGUCUUCGUCGGCUCAGCACAAUCCGACGUGUCCGAAGCCAUCAUCCAAACUCUUCUGGACGAAGACCGCACGAACCAGCUCAAGGACAAAUGGACGCGUUUCAUGACCCUCGGCCUCGCACUCCUCUACUUCGGCCAACAAGAAGAAGUCGAUGUCGUCCUCGAGACACUGAAGGCGAUCGACCACCCCAUGUCCAAGCCCGCCUCAGUCCUAGCCGACAUCUGCGCCUGGACCGGCACGGGCGCUGUCCUGAAAUUGCAACAAAUGCUCCACAUCUGCAAUGAGCACAUCGAAGACCAAGAUGACGACGACAAGCCCAGCUCCGACAAAGACGCCAAGAAAGAAGACAAUGACCCUCCCCGCGACAUCGAAGGCGAACAACUCGUCCAAUCCUAUGCCGUCAUCGGCCUCUCCCUCGUCGCCCUCGGCGAAGACGUCGGCCAAGAAAUGGUCCUCCGCCAAUUCGCCCACCUAAUGCACUACAGCGAGCCCAACAUCCGCAAAGCCGUCCCGCUGGCCAUGGGCCUCUUAUCGCCCUCAAACCCCCAGAUGAAAAUCUACGACACUCUAUCCCGCUACUCCCACGACAACGACAUCGACGUGGCCAUCAACUCCAUCUUCGCCAUGGGCUUGGUGGGAGCCGGAACGAACAAUGCUCGUCUGGCGCAGUUGUUAAGGCAACUAGCAUCGUACUACCACCGCGACCCCAACGCCCUCUUCAUGGUGCGCAUAGCGCAAGGCCUGCUCCACGCAGGAAAAGGCACCUUAACUCUCUCCCCGCUCCACACAGACCGCACAGUCCUCUCCCGCGUCGCCUGCUCGGGCCUCCUCACCGUCGCUCUCAGCUUAAUCUCCAAUCCCAAAACCUUCAUCCUAGAAAAGGACCACUAUCUCCUCUACUACCUCGUUACGGCCCUCCACCCCAGGUUUCUGAUCACAGUGGAUGAGGAGAUGAAGCCUGUUCAAGUUAAUGUGAGGGUCGGCCAGGCGGUCGAUGUUGUUGGGCAGGCGGGGAGGCCGAAGACGAUUACGGGGUGGCAGACGCAGAGUACGCCUGUGCUUUUGGGGGCAGGGGAGCGGGCGGAGUUGGAGGAUGAGGAGUGGGUGUUUUUGGGGAGUGUGAUGGAGGGGGUUUGUGUGUUGAGGAAGGUGAGUUUGCCUUGA